GGAUCAUAUAUGUUCGUCGCAACCGUUCAGGAUUGUUUAAGCGCUUGAUCAGUAUUGGACCUUUCUGUCAAGUCGGAACAGGCGCUCAUCGAUGCAUAGGUUGGCCCCGUGGCACUACACGUGAGAUUCUGUCAAUUAAGCAUACUUGCAAUACAAAAUGGUCAUCAUGAAUAGGAAAGAUUGCUGCCUCAUGUUCCCUUUCAUAAGUAGCCCAUCCAUCCAUCCUCUCCUCUCCUCUCCUCUCCCAUACUACCAUGGCUUCAUCUUCCGACUACCAUCUCCAGCCCGUCGCUAACUGGUCAAACGAACCUGCUCCUCUCGUGGGAUACCUUAGUCGUAAAGCUCUCCCCAUAAAGCGCAACGACGCAGAACCUCUCACUCGAGACGACGUUCAGUUCGAUCUCCUUCACCAUAUAUUCAACGACAGACACAAAGUUUUCACCCCCCAAGCACCAAGCGAGGACUCCAAGGUCCACUUCUGCGAUCUCUAUGUCAAUGCAUUGUACAUGUCCCCCAAGUGCUCCAAAGUCCUCAAGGACAAGAUGGCUGAAACACCUGCCUUUGCCGUUGAGCUUGCCAAAAUUUCUCUCCUGACAAAUGUGGGGCGCAUUAAUACCACCAUGGCAUUCUUUCCAGAAAUGAAGACGGCUUUACGGACUUAUCAUCCAGUACCCUCGCUUCAAAAGACUGAUGGUAAUGCCCAGGAUGCCCCGCGGAUCAAGAAUUGUCUCAAGGCUGCUUUACUCCCAUCUGAGCUUAAGAAUAUGCCUCCGUCUACCCCGGAAGAAAUAUUGCAGAAGAGCAGGGCUCGUCAACUUCCAUCUACAAGUAUUGUGAAUCUAAUAUUUGUUCUCGCAAACCACGCGGCCCCGCUUGCAAGUACUCACUUCGAUCCGCCUGUCAACUUCCUGGAUCUUUUUUUACCCAUCAACAUAGCUUCAGCUGACCGCGCGCGCGCGUUUCUAUGGCUCAUAUUUCAUUAUUUGGAGGGUCCUGAUCAACCAAACCCGUAUGACGACGACUACUCCCGUCAACAUCCCGGCAAGGUUCCUUGGCUGCAUCGUCUCACGGAAGAAGAAAUAGCACAAGAAAAUGUGGACACACCAGAUGAAAUCGAAUGGGGCAGGGCGAUGUCAGCACAAAGAAACCUCUUCCUGCAGAAACUCGUCCACUCUAUCGAAAAAGAGAAAAAGGGCAAGGCCGCAACGUCUGCGUCUGCGUCUAAAACGAUUGAGCCCUCUUCUGGUCGUUCGAGACCUUUCAGGUCUCAACAAGAAGGUACCAGGGACAAACCUUACAUCCAUUAUCUCCCCCCCGACCGCGCACCGCAGAUUACCCAUUCUGUAAGCGACGACCAAAGACUUAGCUACAGCAGUACUCGUGGACCUCACAGAAAUAUGCUGCAACAUGCGUGGCAGGUUGUCACUUCUACCGAUCCCCUGGCAGACUCGGAUGAAGAACUGCAUGAUGAACAUGUUAGACUGGAUUACAGUCGACGUGUAGACGUCAUUGCUCGAUUGCGUGGGCAACCCCCGUCACCGCCUCCAGAUCUAGUGCCACCGAGCAGCAGCACUAGUUCAUACCCACCAUCCAGUCUCUCUGAUACCCGUGAACACCGGUGGCGAAUGGUGGAAUCCUGGAAAUAGUUCGCAGUCACAGGUCCCAUGGAUAAAAGGAGGUAAUCGAGUACCAGUCCUUGUGUACAUGCCC